AUGUAAAAGCAUCAAUAAACAGAAUAAAAAUUUUCACCCUUAUACAUGGGUAAAUUUCUAUGUAACUUUAAAACAGAUAGUGGAUUUGCUUAAAGAAAUAAUCCAAAAUUAAAAUAUAAGAUAAAAGUCUUAGCAAUUCCAUUAAUAAAAAUUAAGGAAAUCAGAUUUCAUGAAAAAAGAUUGUUUGUAGUUGGAGGAGGAAUUUUAUAAGAAGGAAGAAUAAUGUAAUGUAAAGUAAAAAAAGAUGAUGAAGAAAUUUAUAAGUUUUACAAUAAAUUUGGGUAUAUUGAACAUGUAUUUGAUGAAUUAUGGUAUUUCUUGAUCAGUGCAGACUAUGUUAAAUUAAAGGUAAAUUUUAAACAAAUAAAUGCAUAACCUUCAACUAUUUCAUUAGCUGAAAUUUCAGUUUUUAUUACAGAAAAAGCAAUAAAUGACAAUUAUGAACUAAAAAUUUUAAGGUAUAAUCGAGGAAUUAAAUCAGUAAAAGGUUUAGGAAAAGCUGAGAAAUUUUAACAAUAUCACCUUUAACAUUUAGAGGAAAUAAAAAUGGAACACUAAAGAUUUGCUAGACUUUCUUUACUGCUUAUGUUUGAUUUUAUGAACAUUUAAGUUGAAAUACCUUCACUUGUAAAAUCAGAUAAACAGUUUAAAAUAUUUUUUACAUAAUAUUGUUACUUUUAUGAAAGAUAUAAAUCUUAACCUGUAAAUUAAUUAAUGAAGUCUUAUCAUAGACCAAUUAUAGAAAAUCAGAAUUACUUUAAUAAUUACAUAAAUAGUAAUCAUUUUUAUAACAAAUUAUUUACUAGAGAAUUAAUAUAAAAAAUAGCUCUUAAAAUUGAUCGCUAAGGAUAUUUAUCAAAUAAUAUGCCAUAUAAACCAAAAAUUGAAAAAAUUCAUCCUCUUUUACACAUAUAGUUUUAACGUGUUGCUAUUGCAUUUUAUGAAGCAAUUCUUAGCUUUAUUAGAAGAUCUAUGAACUCAGUAGUUAAAUAAUAAUAACCAUCAUAUUCUGAUUAUAUUCUUAAGACCAUAUUUUUAUCAACAUUUCCUAUUUAACAGAAUAAAUAUUUAAAAGAUGAAUUAUAUUAAUAUUAGCAUUAAAAUUUUAUUUCAGCAAGAGAAACAAUUUCAAAUAAUUUAAAAGAAGAUGGUGGAGUAGAAUUAUUAAGUGAUGAAAAAGUUAGGAUUUAUGAAGAUUCAAAAAAUCAAAUUUUAGAUUAUUUUUAUAUUGAUUAUGUAAUUUUGGAAGAUAAAACUUAAAAAAAUUAUUUUACUUUAUUAAAAUAAUAAUAAGAAUCUUAUUUUGAGGAGACAAAACUUCAAUAAAAAAAAUAAAACGAAGAUAUUUAAUAAUAAGAUUUAAAUAAUAUAUUUGUUGUAUAAACUUAAUUAUAAGAGUAUAAUACACCUAAAAAAAUGUUAUCUUAGUUAAAAUAACAUUAAAAAUAGGCUUUAUAUUGGAUGCUAAUGAGAGAAGGACAUAUUAGUAAUUCUAAUACAGACUAGAAGCAAAAAUUAUCACCUUUAUGGUAAUAGAUCAAACUUUUAAAUGGUGAUUCUCUUUAUGUAAAUACUUUUACUGCAAAAAUUUCCAAAGAUUUUAUGCCAAUUUAAGAAACGAAAGGUGGAAUAUUAGCAGAUGAAAUGGGAUUAGGAAAGACUAUUAUGGCAUUGGCAUUAAUAUUAGAAACUUAAAAAAAAGGAAAUUAAACUUUAAUUGUUGUUCCAAAAUCAGUUAUUUUGUAAUGGGAGAAAGAAAUUUAAACUCAUACUAAACCUAGAAGUUUAGAAGUAUUAGUGUAUUAUAAACAAUAAUCUAGAAGUUAGAAGAUAAAAUUAUAAGAUUAUGAUAUUAUUUUAACUACUUAUGCUAUUUUAGCAUCUGAUUAUUCAAUAUGGACAUAAAUAAAUGAAAUAGCUUAAGAUUAAUAAUAAUAAUAAUAAUAAUAAUAAUAAUAAUAAUAAAGUAAAUAAAGUAAAUAAAGUAUAAACCCUAGGUUAUUAGGAGAAGACUAAGAAGAAUCUUCUGAUAUUGAUGUUAAUUCUGAUCAAUCGGUUUCUUAUUCAAUAAUUGUUAAUCAAAUAUCGAAAAAAUAGAAAGAUAAGGUUAAAUAAUAAUCAAAGAAAAAAAAACUCACAGUAGAAUAGUUAGAAAAAGCAAAGAAAGAAAAUAACUUAUUUAAAUAAAAUUAUUAUAGAGUAAUAUUAGAUGAAGCUCAUAACAUAAAAACAAGAUCCACACUCUAAACAAAAAGUGCUAUUGCUUUACAAAGUUAAUUUAGAUGGUGUUUAACAGGAACUCCAAUGUAAAAUAAACAUGAUGAUUUAUUCAGUCUUCUUUAAUUUUUGUAAGUGGAAACAUUUUCAGAAUAGUAAGAUAUUAUUCUUAUAAUAUAGCUUUUGGUGGAAUACUUAUGUAAAUAAAGAAGAAAAUGAAGAUGAUCAAUAAAAAAUCUUAGCUUAAAUAUUAUAACCAAUAAUUUUAAGGAGAACCAAAAAUUCAUAACAAUUUGAAGGUUUAUAGUAAGUAAUAGAGAAUAUACAUUGGGUUGAAUUAGAUUAGAGAGAGAGGAUGUUAUAUAAAAAAUUGCUUUCAGGAUCAUAAAAUCUUUUUAAAAGUUUUAUGAAGAGUACAUUAAAUCAAAGUUAUAUUCAUAUAUUUUAGAUAAUAAAUAAACUAAGACUUGCAUGUAAUCAUCCAUAAUUGGCUCUUAAAGAUAUUAAUCUGGAAUAAACACCAUUAGAUGUCGUAUUAGAUAGAAUAGAUAAAUUUUUUAUUGAAAAAACUCAUAAUGGGAAUGUAGUCACUGAGGAGUAUAAAUAAAAUUUGAUAUAAAACAUAAAAAAUGGAACAUUUACUGAAUGUUUAAUAUGUACUAAGAAUUAGAUAACAGUUUUUAGCUUAUCAUCUUGUGGACAUAUUUAUUGUAAAGAGUAAAUAUCAUUAUUUUUAAAUUAUUAGAUGUUUUUAAGAAACAGUUAUUAAACUUAAGAAUUGUCCAUCUUGUCGUACAAAAUUAACAAUCUAAGAUUUAAUUGAUGUUGUAGUAGAAAAUGAAUAAGCUUUUGAAGAAUUAAAGAGUUUAUAAUUUGGUAUGAGUUCAAAAUUAACAUCUGUUGUAAAAGAAGCUAAAAUAAUUAAAUAAAAUAAAGAAAAAGUUUUAAUUUUCACUUAAUGGAUUGAAAUGAUAGGAUUAUUGGAAAAUCAAUUUAAAGAAAAUGGAAUCAUAGCUUUUCGUAUAACUGGUUAAAUGACAGUAGAUAAAAGAGAAAAAAUUAUUAAGAAUUUUAAAGAAUAAUAGAAUGUUACUGCUCUUAUACUAUCUUUAAGAGCUACAUCAACAGGAUUAAAUUUAACUAUGGCAAAUAAUGUUUUUUUAGUAGAUCCUUGGUGGAAUGUAUGAAAUUAAUUUAUUUUGUUUUAGCCUGCAAUUGAAGAUUAGGCUAUAGGAAGAGCAGAUAGAAUAGGAUAAAAAAAUUAAGUUAAAGUUGUUCGAUUUUUAUGUAGAAAUACUAUUGAAUAAUAAAUUAACUUGUUACAUUAAAAAAAAAAAUUUUAUAUUAAAAGAGCACUUGGAAACAAUUAACAAAAGGAAUAAGAAUUAGAAGAUUUCAAAUUUUUAUUAUUUUAAGAAUGA